UAUACUCUUCUCUUUUGUUGUCGACUAGUUAACAUAGUAACAGUAAUGAAACAAAUUACAAAUAUAUAUUCGUUUAACUAUGUGGUAUUACAAUAACACUGUACUUUUUACGCGAAAUCUUGAAGUGAAAAAACGAUGGAAUUUUUUCGUAAAUGUCAAAUUAUUAUCAUCGAAAUAAAAGCAUUGUUUGUCACUUUUGGAAAAAUUCUAAGCGCGCAAACACAUAGAUUUUUUGUUUUCGAUUUUUAAUACGUGUGUAUUUCUGCUUAAAUAGUUCAGAUACUCUUGCAAACAGUUGAUAUAGAACCUUAUCUUUAGAUAAUAUUAAAGGUCGUGUUUGUAACAAAUUAUGCGUUCUUUCCAAAUAAUGAAUUAAUAUAAUUUCUUGAUCGUUUUAUUUCAAAAAUUAUCAAAGCGCAACUUCAAGGCGACUAUGGAUCUACCUGCGUAUCAACAAUUGAAUGUUCGCAAGAGUACACGUGGCAAGCGGCCAUUACGCAAUCUAACACCUAAUGACAAAGUUCGGGCUAUUCAACGCAUUCAUCAAGGGGAGACCAAAGCUUCUGUUUCGAGGGACAUUGGAGUGCCAGAAUCAACACUUCGAGGCUGGUGUAAAAAUGAGCAUAAACUUCGUUUCAUGUGUCGCCAGAUGAAUGAAAAAAAUAAAAUUGAGCCAUUUCCGAUUUACAAACUAGAAAAUUUUCAACCAACUGCGAAAAAAAAUAAAUUAGAUGGAAGGAAUCCUUUUACCUCGACCAUUAGCUUUGAGAACAUGAUCGAACUCAGUGAAAUGUCCAAUUUGAAUAAUUUCCUCUUUGAUAUCAACGAUAACAGCAACUAUGGCAACGCGUUACUAGAAGAAACCUUAAGUGAGUUUCUAAAAAAAAGGACUUUGCCAGAUUCGAACGAAAUAAUGAAGCAUAAUUUAGUGACAAAAGGCAAUAAAACUUCAUCUGGCUUGUGUUCAUUGGAAAAGACUUUAUCAUCUAUUAGUGCCGCAACGAAUUGCAAGGAAUAUCAGUUUGGUCCCUACAAUUUAAAUUCCAAUUUUGUGCCGAUGUUGCAAACCAGUUCCCUCUUAGCGAAAUAUAGUGUAGUUAGUUCCAGUUCUGAACGUAGCAAACUAAAACAUACACAUCCUAUAAAUAAAAAUAUUGACAAAUCCGUUCUUACCGAUCCUUUUAAUGAAGGAAAUGAUGCAAUUACAUACAACAAGUGGACCAACGAAACUAUUAAAACAAGUAGUCACAAUACGGAAGGGAACGAUUACAAUAUAUUAAGUAUUAAUAAUAGAGAAUACAUAAAUAACGAUAAUAAAAUCGUCGAUCACAAUAAUAUUAAUAACCAGUGCAACAAUGAUUCGAGAUUACUUCAGUGGUACAAAGUUUUCAGUGCAAGUUUGAAUUUCUUGACUUUAGCGGUCACUGCUGCUACACUUCAGCCUACGCCAGGUUAUGUGCAAGAAGGUGGUAAUAACCAAAAUUUUACAUAUUCUAAAACAGAUUUGACAGAGUACACUUUCGAAACAAAAAUGCCCAACAUUCAGAGCUACUAUGAAAGUGAACCUGAAGAUCUUUCCAUACGUUCAACAGUUUCAAAAACUUCUACGCCCAUCAAAACUCAGUCUCACAGAUCCGGUUCUUUUUCACAAUGUCUGUCAGAUCGUAAACAGAAGGAAUUUCCUUAAUUUAAUAUAUAAAUAAAAAAAAAUUAAUUUUACAAAGAACUUCACAGAAUUUAUAUUACUAUAACUAUGUUCCUUAUUUUUUGUUUCCGCUCCAAAAUGUGCUGUUUAUGGUUUAAUAAAGAGAUUUUUCUAUUAAA